UUUCCAAGAGGGAGCUCUCAGGGGAACUAUCGCAGUGAAGGGAGAAGAAAUGGCGGCCAAAAACCUAAUCAGGUCGGGAGCUUCGUUGAUGAAUCGGUUUCUAUCGAAGCCGACGACGAAUCUUGUGCAGAACAAUCUCAGAUCGCUUCAGCAGAUAGCUCCUCAGGGACAAGAAGUUCCACCGUAUUUUUUCCCGUCGUUGUCGAAUCUACAGACUUCGCUCAGUUCUCGCUGUAACGACACUGCCUCGCUCCAGGAACUCUCGGAACGUGGGUUUCUUCACCCUUCUGGUCUUCCUUCACUCGAGUUCUUCUUACCAGAAGUCAAUCCUUCAAGUGAGCCAUUGCUUCUAUUUCCUAAGAGGACAUUCCAACCGAGCACUAUCAGGCGCAAACGGAACCAUGGAUUCUUUGCUCGUGAAUAUUUGGAUAUAAACAGCAAGGCAACCAAAGGUGGACGGAGAGUCAUAGCUCGAAGAAUAGCAAAAGGGCGUCACAGAGUUACGGCCUAGAAUCUCUUCAACCUAUCUACAAAUCUCCGGUUUUCAAAUUGGCCGGUUAAGUCCGUCUCCUUGAGUCCUUCAGGCUAGAAACUCUGAAACUUCGAUCUCAUAAUUAACUCGGAUGUCUUCAUAUCCGUGUUUUGAUGUGUUGUUGAUCUUGGAAUCGAAGUGAAGUUAAAUUUUUUUUUUUGAAAUUCUAUGUUUCUUUUUUCUGUAAACAAUCUCAGCUCUUAUUUAAUGGAUAGUUUAUCAA